AUGACCCAAUGCGCUCGGAGUCGGGUUGUUUUCCUGGCUUGCGGCGUUCUCACGGUAUUCUACUUUUCUUCGCGCGGCUUUCGCAGCCCACAGCCGGAGAAUGCUUCUAAAUUGCCGCCGUACGUCAAGCUGGAACAGCGGUAUUUUGUAAGUGAAGAAUGGGGUUUAUAUCGGAUUAAACGGUAUGAAAAAUUCGGAUGCUGAGGGAGAAUAUUGUCAUUGGGGGUUUAGUUUUUGUGGAGAUGUCUCAAAAUCAUAUUUUCUUUUUAUUUGGCACACUUCUGGUAUCAAUUUCCGAAGAAUUUAACUCACGCUUUCAAACAAAGCCGCAAUGUUCGAAAAUCCCUGUUGAUGAGAGAGUACGCAAUUUCGGAGAGCAGUCAGAAGGAAAAAACGGUUUUUGGCCAAAUCUCUGCCAUUUGCAUGCGGAAAAAAAUAAUUUUUUUGUAUAGGCAUUGCUCUAUCCGUCAGAAAUAAGGCCAACAAUUUUCAUGAGGAAACUCAAAAAAAAAGUUUGGAGUUGUGCCACUUUUUUGAACUAUGUAAAAUCAAGUUUUUUGCCAAGCCUUGUUAAAAUGUGACGCCUCACUUUGAGCACCCCGUUAUUAAUUUUUAUGCUUUAUUUUUUUUUAGGUAUCUCAGCAAUAUCAAUUCACUUUUUGCACCACCGAUGACUUUCUUCUUGACUACACUGCUGGAAUUGCUUGUUGGCUCCACAAUUGGAAGGAAUUUCGGAGGAAAAACAUGGCUCUGUAUUAUUAUAAUCAUAGUAACAGGUUAGUUAAUCAUUCAGUGUAUGAAACUCUUUAUAUAGGACCUCUGUACAACGGAGUACCAUACAACAAAAGCUGUCUAUAACAAAAUAUUUUUGAGGUCCCAAGGGUCAAAUUUAGGUCAAAAAAGACUCCAUAUAACGAAACUCUUCUAUAACAAAUUAAUUUUUUAUGCCGCUCUGAGAUUUUACUCUAUUUAGCAACUUAAAUUUCAAUUUUUUUACAACCUCAACCUUCAGUAUCUGCCAGAACGACGACUCCCAUUUCCCCCCUUCCAAGAUGACGUCACUUUUGAGGGCCUCAAAAAAUUCGAAAUGGAUGAAUUUGAUUAUUCUUCAAGAGCCGAUUUACCGAUUCUUGAGGGCCUACGAUAGUCGGUGUGUAAAGUGAGUCACGGUUUUUGAUCCACACAAAAAAAUGUAAAAUUAUCCAAUUUUCUCAAGUUUCAGCUCACUUCGCAAUUGCUUUUCGUGCACGACAAUGACCUGUGUUCUGAACAUUAUCCUCCAACGGCUGGCAAACAUUGCGAAGGGCGCCACUCCAACGCCAUUCGAUAUGGAAUUUGUGCCACAGAAUUGGUAA